AUGACAAAACUUUGGGUCAAAUUCAAGCCAAACAACGCUACAAAGGUAUCUACUGAAGACUGCGAGAUUGUAGAUGACCUUCUUAAAGCCUGCAAGAAGGAGCUCUCUCCUCACUUUGAUUCCUAUGCAAUUGACCAACUCUCCCUUUCCACUACGGAUGGUGGUACUCCUUUACAACCAGACGACCCUAUUCCUGCUCAGAAUACAGCAAAGACUCCUCUAUUCAUCACUGUUGCAGACAGUUCUUUAGGGAGUCGCUCUUUGUCAAAAUCUAGCUUAAAAGCUCCUCAUCCUAAACGAAAAGAAAGAUGGGAACAACUCAAUGAAAUUCUUGAAAAGAACAAAAGGAAAUCCAAGGCGACUGAUUCAACAGCAUAUUCGUAUGUUUCUUGGAAUCAGGUCAAGGAUGUACUACGAACUACUCCUUAUAUCCAAUCUUCAAAGGCUAUUCCAGAUACUCAAUUCAAUAUUCUCACACAGUAUUUGUCGUUUGCCACAAAGUGCUUUGGUUCAGUUAUAUCAUUCAUGGGACCUCAGAGACUUCAUUUGAUUGCACCAAUCAUCAUUUGUGUGUGUUUCCUGUUCAACGGAGAUGUUCAAAUUGAAGUAGAGGAAGAUUUGAACGGAGAUUUCUUGAAAGCUCAUGGCCAUUUUGAAUUUGUAUUACGUCGUGGGAAGAAAAGAGUUUAUAUCGUCGAAGCAAAGAAGGAAGAUAUGGAUCAGGGAAUGACACAGAAUUUGAUUGGAUGUGAAGUAGCAGCAGAGAUUGGUCAUUUGGAUUCAGUCUAUGGAAUUGUUACCAACUAUGCGCAGUGGAGUUUCUUGCGUAGUCUUGAUGAAAAGAUUGAGAUGGACGAAUGUUCCAUCAAGUUGUUGCCUGGAGGUGAACCUAGUACAGAUUCUCUUGUCGAUAUCACUGGAAAAAUCUAUGCUAUGCUAUCCGAUGAAUGA